GAGGAAUUAAAAAAAUAAAGGUGUGCACCAUCCCGCGCCCGUCGUUUAAUGUUCUACUGUUUCGAUGUUUCAUGCUUCCAUUAAGAGCUACCUAUUCUAAAUUGUCACUAUCAACAUCAACAUCAACGUCACCGUCCCUUUUACACAAUCACCAAUUAUCAAUACCUUCCAGUUACAACAUACAACACAACACGACACAAUAAUACCGUACAUGCCUCUGCGCACAUACCGCGCGCAGAGACAUAUACAACCCGACGCCUUUAUUAUACAUUUUUCAAUCCCCUCCCCCACGCCCACGCCCACGCCCACUCCCGAACCCGACCGCUGCUUAUAGUACAUACGUGUUUAUGCAGCAGCAUUACUCUAUCGUGCUUAUUUGAAAGUGUGUACCUGACACCAAGAACAGUUACUUUGUAUAAUAUUACUUCCCAGCACUACGAUAUCACGCUUUCUUAGUCAACUGCGCCCCCGCGUCCAUGCCGUCGCCAUCCAAGCAGAGGAAGGUGGCCAUUGUCGGCAGCCGAUCCGUAGGCAAAUCCUCCCUAGCGGUUCAGUUCGUCGAUGGCCACUUCGUCGAGAGCUACUAUCCGACCAUAGAGAACACGUUUAGUAAGGUCAUUCGUUUCAAGGGGCAAGACUAUGCUACCGAGAUUGUCGACACGGCCGGACAGGACGAGUACAGCAUCCUGAACUCGAAGCACUUCAUCGGCAUCCAUGGCUACAUGCUAGUGUACUCGGUCUCCUCGCUCCCCUCGUUCGAGAUGGUGCGCGUGAUCCGCGAGAAGAUUCUGAACCACCUGGGUACGGAUUGGGUGCCGAUCGUCAUCGUGGGCAACAAGAGCGAUCUCCGACCGGAGCAACGCCAGGUCAGCCAGGACGACGGCCGCAAGCUAUCCGAGGAGUUCAACUGCGCAUGGACCGAAGCUAGUGCUCGCUAUAACGAGAACGUCGGCAAGGCCUUUGAGCUCCUGAUCGCACAGGUCGAAAAAUCCCAAAACCCUAACGAGGCGACGGACUCUGGCAAGUGCGUCAUCAUGUAAAGGACGGGAUAUCAUGUACGGGACGAGACGAGAGGGGAUGGGGGCGGUACCGGGGUAAUGGCACUGGUCCAAGGUACGGUAAAUAGCUCAAUUGGCAUCCAAUUGUCCGGGACACGUUCAUAGGCAUAGGACUAUGUAGGAAUUGCAAUACGAUACGAUACGAUACGUUGGAGUAAAUUAGAAGAGGGGGCCCGUCGGUAGGGCGGUAUGGCUACUGCUGGAUUGGUAGAAGUCGAAGGUAAAACUAACUAAGUACUACGUUAAGGGUUAUGAGAGUAGGUACGUCGAGGCAGCUGGGAUUUGUUAUCUUCGUCGAUGUUGAAUUGUCGACUACACGAGCUUUACUUGUGUGUUCGUCGUGGGUUGUUUGCUGUAUAUACUAGGUAAUUAAGAAGCUCGAGUUUGGUCACGGAGUCAAUCGGAUCUGUUUAUGGGAUAGACAUUGGACUUGGCUUGAUUUAUAGCGAUUUGAUAUUGGUGAUUGAGUAACA